AGCGCCCGAUGCCCGUUGUCGCAUGUGGUUCUACGUGACUAUAGGAAUUCUUUUUGGCUAUACUAUAGUUUUAAUUGCAUUCUUCAUGGGUUGGUGUACGCUUGUGCCAACUCGGUGCCAUCCUCGCAAAGAAAUCCCGUUUAGCUCAGUGAAAUCACCGCGAAGGAACACAAAAUACGUAGAGAUUGAUUCAGUUUCCUCCAGUAUUUACAGCACAUCACUGGAUAUGCUAAAACAGGUCCCGCGAAAAUACGCGGCCGCAAAUCAUCAUUUGGACAAAAAGAAACACUCUCUGAACCUUCCUGUCGUUCCCCACAAGUAUAAUGACUAUCUUCACCCAAAAUACUCGCUGCCGCCAGUCAAAAUCGACAUCGGCGAUGUUCAGUGGGAAUUCGAACAGCUUCUUCGAACUCCUGGGCGAGCCGUACGCACUAGUGUUAGCGCAACAUCUGCCUUAAAAGUAUCGGUUCAACGAGAACCGACGGCAAUCUCAUGUCCAGAGCUCUAAAUCUUGCAUAUGCAUGAUUGACGGCCUUGAGUGCUGGCAAAGCAUUAUCAUCGUUCUGCUCAUAUCGUAUGAACACGUCUUACUUUCGGUUGUCUCUGCUCUGAGACAAGAUCCGUUGACGGGUACCUCAUUUUUCUCUUUCAAUUUGUGAAGAACCUUACGUCGUUGUUAGAAAUAGGUUUUAUGUCCUCAUUUUAGAAAGCAUCGAUAGUGAUCUCCUUCUUUAAUAUUGUUUUUUCCUACAAUAGCAAUACAUUUGGUCCUUGUUUACUCUAUGAAAGCUCCGGAUUAUGCGACAUUUCGGGAUAAUCACCAUAUCUGUUGUUUGCUUGUGAGGACCAAUGCUCAACUCAUAUUAGCAUCAGUUCAAUGCCUUUCUGUAAAUAAGUCGA